GUAAUGUAGACAUUUCAUACUCAAGAACAUUGAAACAAGUCUUUUUUACAAAAAAAUCGUUUGACUGAUUCAUAACACCCCACUCUGGAUAAUUGGCGCGACAUUUCGCUGUGUGGGUUGUAAAGGGACGCUGUGAGGGUCAAGUGUUGGUGGAUUGCCCAUAGAACCGGAGACUGAGUGGAAGAUGAUAACGCGGAAACUGUAGUGUACGUGUGGGUGUUCGUCAGUGAAUAGAAACCGCCGUCCAACAGCAUCCAAGCAGUAGUGGUCGUGUCGUCGUGCUUGGGCAAAGAGGAGUAGAACCUGAAGAAGGAGUUGGAAUCUAUUCAUAUAAUCAUAAUAAAAGGAUUAAGCUGUUUCCGAGAACGACUCGGUCGCCAUAUAGUGAAUGCAUUUUUUUUUUCCUCCCACAACUAGUUCAACGAAUCAUACGGUAGAUUGUGGUGGUGAAAUACGGGGAAACCGCAAAGCCGUUCAAAACUAAUUGAGUGAAAAUAUCAUAAUUGCUGGUUGAAGGAAUCUGUUGGCUUACGUUCCACUUUCGUGCAAUUAAAAGGAAAUGAGAGUUCCAUUGCCAAUCUAACUAACAGCUUUUUAGUAGUGUUCCCGUACGGUUUAUUCAGCUCGGUAGGAAAAAAAUGCGACGCAGUUUGUUUGCGCCAUGAAUGAGAUUGAGCGGGUGAUUUGUUGUUCCCGCCAGUGGUGAUUUCGAUUACCGGAUGAAGAGGCGAUUACACUAAAUCGCUGAAAGGCAUCCACCUUCAGAAACAAGUGAUUGCUUAUACUGCACAAAAGUGAAACCCGGUGUGGGUGGGGUGUUUGCUCAAGAAGAGGUGUACGAAGGUUGCGGAAGAAGAAGAAAAGAAGAAGCUGCUGACAAGUACAAUUUGCGAAAGGAAAAAAAUCGAUCCGAGGAUAAUAGAAGCAGCACAUUAAAACUUUUCCUGAGAUUGCUGCCGCAUACAUCUAGCGUGCGAAACCAUGUAUCAUCAACGGAAGGCGAUACUUUCGCUCAUCUUCACCCUGCAAUAUUUUCGAAUAAUCCGAACGCUGCAGCUAACGGAAAUCGUCGUGCCGGACGUGGUCGAUGUUCGUGAUACGCCCACACUGUCCUGCAGCUACGACAUGGGAACGCACACGCUCAACUCUGUCAAGUGGUACAAAGACGAAAGUGAGUUCUUCAGGUACUCACCGAUGCUGGAGCCGAACGUGCGGACAUUUCCGGUGGACGGCGUCAGCGUGGUCCGAGACUCGCCGGAGCACUAUUGCAACCGGUUCAUGUGCAGCAUCCAGCUACAAAGGCUCAACAUCAAAUCGAGUGGGACCUACCGGUGUGAGGUCAGCGGCGAUGCACCGGAGUUCAAGCUGGCUCACGGUGUCUACAACAUGACGGUGGCCGUGCUUCCACAGUACGACCCCAUCAUCAACGGACUGCAGCACAACUACGCCUUGGGCGAUUUCGUGGUGGCCAACUGCUCCUCGGACAUGUCCAGCCCACCGGCUCGGCUCUAUUGGUUCAUCAACGAUCGAAUCGUCCCAUCGGACUACCUGCAGCCGCAGCAGGAAACGACCAUCGAGAGCGACGGGUUCAUCCUGCGCUACCGGACGCUGGAGCUGCGAUUCCACAUCGAUGAGGCGCGGCUCGGCAAAAUCAAGGGCAAGCUGAUGCUCAAGUGUUUGGCACGGAUCGACGCGUUUCCACAGGGCACGCGGGAAACCACCCAGGUGGUGUACAUCCCGAUGACGGACGAGCUGCGUAACCAGAAGCUCAUCAACUGGCGAAACGGAGCGCAAUCCCUGCACCACCGGUCUCAUCCGCACUCAAAGCAGCAUCUAAAGUAUGUAGCCCUUCUUAUCCUAUCAUUGCUAGCGAUAAUUUCACUAUCUCUGUAAAGCCAACCAACCCCCUAAACCCCGAAACGAUAGUCACAUGAAAGCAUAGCAAAUGGCGGUGUGGGUGGUUGGCACGAGUUGAUCAUUAGUUCGUUCCAAACGAAUUCAACAACGAGCCAAAACUUAGAGGCAGCAUGCCAAGGCAACACCAAUGUAUGAUGAAGAAAAAAGAAGAAAAAACUAACAAGUACAAGUACGCUUCUUUCUGCGUGAUAGAGACCUCCUUAUAGCAAAAGAAGAAAAGUCGGAUGGAAAGUUUGGAACGAGAUGAAGAAAACUAUCGAAAAACUCUAGUUGUUAAUUUUUUAGAAGCAAUUUUCGUUGAUCCCUCAUAUAAUGUAUAGUGGUUGUGGCGGAGGAUGCAGAAUAGUACUUGAAAUUCGUUCACUAUUGUAUCGUUACUAUCAAAAGCACUCACACAUCGUUUUGGGGGAGAGACGUUGCGGAUGUGAUGGUGGAGAAGGGAACGUCGCGGUGCUCCACAGAUCGUUAUUACCAAGAACAAAAAAAUCCGUCAACUGCACUCAGCAGUCGUUUUCUAAGGCUAAGCUGCAUGUUCUGACAAGAUAUGAAAAAAAUCGUUAGAUCCGUUUUAAACCUACGCCCUUUUCAUGGCACAAACUGUCAUAUUACAAUAAAAGAAACAUCCAAACUUGAUGGUGUUUUUCUUAUGAUAAUAACGGUAAAUGAAAAAAGUAAUGCUAUUAAAUGGGCGUUACUUGAAGAUGGACAC